AUGCGCCGGGACGGCUUUCGGGUUUCCAGCCGCCCGCUGAGCAAGACAUCCCGAGCAAAGGAUGAUGCAGAGGCCAUGCCCAUCUCCGAACAGGCUCAGAAAGACUUCAAGGCCGUGGAGGCCGUCCUGGCUGAAGGCACGCCUGUCCGACUGCCGGACUUGGACUCCGACUCUCUUCAGGAGCGCUUGGGAAGGCAUGGGGAUGUCUCGACCCGAGAGGAAUCCGAUGCGCUUCUCCAGGAGAACGCUGGUGCUGCGCCGCCCUAUGGGCCUUUGGGUCUGGGCUCCCUGGGGUCCUUCUCCAACUUCGGCUCCAUGGGCUAUGGCCCGGGCAUGUCCUCCGGUGCUUCAUCUGGAUCGCCGUUCCUGAGCUCCUUCUCUGGUGUGCUCGGGUCCCCGAAGUCUCCGUCUCCACCUGGCAUGCCGAUGCCCCCUCUGGCCAGUUCGGUAGCGAGCAAGGAGUCCAAGGACAAGAAGGAGAUCGAUUUCAACAACAUCGACUACAUAGGAUGUAUCAUCCCGCAGUGGACGGAUGGUGACUGGAUCUGUGCGGAAGCUGUGGACGUUCCAGACAUGCAAAUCUACGACGACGCCCAGCACAGGACCCGAAAGAAGCUGCGCGAGGGCGAUGCGUGCACCGUGCGAUGCCCCGACCCGCGAUACUGGCAAAAGCCACAGCCUUCUGCGCUGGUUUGCAAGUCUGGGCGCUGGAGAGAUCAGGUCUCCAGAGUAAACGUCAAGAAGAUCGAGUGCGAGACCUCAGGACGCUGGUUCCUCGUCCUCGGUUUCAUCACCGUCGUAGUGCCUUUGUGUGGCUGUUGCGGUGCUGCGGCUGUGCUGGUGAGAAUGAAGCUGAAAAAGAAGGAAAAGGCGCCGGCAGAAGCACCAGCAGCAGAAGCGGAGACGAAAGAAGAGACUCAGGCAGGUGCUACGUCCUGA